AUGAAAGAACUCAGUCUGCGAAAGACGCGUAUUGUGAAAGUGUAUAUUGCAGUAUUUGUCUGUAUGACUACUAAGGCUGUGCAUUUAGAAUCCGUAACCGCUCUGUCUACGGAUGCGUUUCGAUUAACGCUGGACCGGUUCGUUGCUCGUCGUGGUUUACUGACUUCAAUCUUUUCUGAUUGUGGCACCAAUUUUGUUGGUGCGGCGAGGCAGCUGCGUCUUUUGGUCAACAAUCCGGAUAGUAGAGAUCAGUUGUCAGGUCAUAUUGCGUGCGACUGGCAUUUCAACCCUCCUGGUGCUCCCCAUUUUGGAGGAAUCUGGGAAGCGGCCGUUAAAUCCGCCAAAUCCCUGCUCUUACGCGCCAUGUCUUCACAAGUUUGGAUGUUUGAAGAAUUUUCGACAGUCUUGUGUCGGGUUGAGGCAGCCAUGAAUUCGCGGCCGCUAGUACCCGCUUCACCUGAUCCGAAUGAUCUAGAAUGCUUAACACCUGAUAAUGGUGUAACAGCUACUAAAUCCGAUUUAGAAUCACUCAAAAGAAGUAUCGAAUAUCGUAUUAAGGAAGAAUCAAAAAUAACUCGAGCAUUAUUUGAAGUACAAAAUAAAACUACAGAUAUUGAAAAAAUAUUUAAUGACAAUACAAUUAUGGAUUUGCCCAAAACGACUUUAGAAAGUUUUAAAGAUUUUGAGAGACAAUUAGAGUCUGACAUUGAACUUGUCAAAAAAUUGAAAUGUUUUAUCGUUCUCAAUAUGAAAACCACUUCAAUAAGUGAGAACUUAACAGUAGUUAUUCCUAAAAUAAUUAGUAAAGAGGUUCAACUAAUGUACAUCUUGGAUGAAAUCGAAAAUCCAGGAGUUGCUAGUACAAUUAAAGGUGUGUUAGAUUUUUCUGUGGAUCCAAACGGACCAAUUAUAAACUCRGGAUUUUCAAGCAWAUAUMAARGBRRAGGUCGUUUUAAUGUUAUGG